AGCUCCGCCGCCUCCGCGUCCGCGUCGGCAGGCGCGGGCGUGCAGGGCGCCACCGGCGCCUUCCAGUGCUCCUUCUGCCAGAAGACGUUCUCGCAGAAGAACACCUACCAGAACCACGUGCGCUCGCACGGCAAGGAGGGCGACGACCCUUACCCGUGCACCAUCUGCGGCAAGACGUUCGCGGUGCCGGCGCGCCUCACGCGCCACUUCCGCACGCACACGGGCGAGAAGCCGUACCAGUGCGAGUUCUGCAAGAAGGCCUUCUCCGUCAAGGAGAAUCUGAGCGUGCACCGACGCAUCCACACCAAGGAACGGCCGUACAAGUGCGACGUGUGCGAGCGCGCCUUCGAGCACAGCGGCAAGCUGCACCGGCACAUGCGCAUCCACACGGGCGAGCGGCCGCACAAGUGCCAGGUGUGCUCCAAGACGUUCAUCCAGAGCGGCCAGCUCGUCAUCCACAUGCGCACGCACACGGGCGAGAAACCGUACGUGUGCAAGGCGUGCGGCAAGGGCUUCACCUGCUCCAAGCAGCUCAAGGUGCACACGCGCACGCACACGGGCGAGAAGCCGUACUCGUGCGACAUCUGCGGCAAGUCGUUCGGCUACAACCACGUGCUCAAGCUGCACCAAGUGGCGCACUACGGCGAGAAGGUGUACAAGUGCACCAUCUGCAGCCAGACGUUCACGUCCAAGAAGGCGAUGGAGGUGCACAUCAAGAGCCACUCGGAGCAGCAGCAGCAGCAGCAGCAGCAGCAACCUCAGCAACCUCAGCAGCAGCAGCAGCAGCAGCAAGCUCCGGCGGCGAGCUCCGCGCAGCACCAGUGGCACACGCCGUCGUCGCAGCAGCACCACCACCAGCAGCAACAGCCGCAGCAACACCACCAGCCGCCCCAGCACCAGCACCACCUACCUCCGCCGCCAGCGCCGUCCCCGGAGCCUCGUCUGGAGGCGGAAGUGGCGCGCAAGGCGACAGAGGUGGCCGCGUCGGUGGAAGACGACGCGGGCAACCCCGUGAGCGUGCGCGACAUGUGCUACUACUACUUCUACCCGCCGUCGGGGGCUGCGCCCGUCCCACCCGCCCACGCGGGCCAGGCGGCGGUCCCCGCCGGCGCCGGCGCCGGGGGCGGCAGCGGCGGCGUCAGCCCGGUGCUGCUGGCGGCCGUCGCGGCGGCGACGUCGUCCGAGGGCGUCGGCGGCAGCCUGACGCCGCCCGCCAGCGUCGAGGACGACGAGCACUUCGCGCGCGCCGACACGGCCGUGCCGCUGAGCGAGCCGCCCGUCUACCUGUUCCCCGAGCCCUUGGGUUCGAUGCGCGGCCGCGCCACGCCGUACGACUUGCCCGUGCCGGCGUGCCUGGCCGCCUCCAUAGACAACUGUGACCCACAUCGUUUUAAAUACUGGACUGCUGUGGCAGACAUAAGAUUUGUUAUUAGCACUGUAGAGCUGGUCUUCAAUUUUGAUCGAGCAUAA